AGUUGCAGCACACAGGGCCAAAAUAACUACAUCUCUACUACUACUAGGGAUUAAGGUGUAUAGGUGAAAAUGGUGCAUUCAUUAUUCUGGCUCCUGCCUCUUUUAUACAAAAUGUGUCCGGGACAUGCUUGGGUGGCAGGUAACUUUCUUAUGACGGGACCCAAGGCCUAUCUCACCUAUGCAAGAAGCGUGCAGAGGGGCGCGCAGGCUGGGAUUGAGGAGUGCAAACACCAGUUUGCUUGGGACAGAUGGAACUGUCCCGACAGUGCAACUCAGCUCAAAGGACUAAAACGCGCCACCAGAGAGACUUCUUUCAUCCACGCUAUGAGUGCAGCGGGGGUCAUGUACACUCUGACCAGGAACUGUAGUCUGGGAGACCUCGACAACUGCGGCUGUGAUGUCUCCAAAAACGGAAAAAUUGGCGGCCGUGGCUGGCUGUGGGGUGGCUGUAGUGAUAACGUGGAUUUCGGAGAGAGGAUUUCCAAACAGUACGUGGAUGCGCAAGAGACUGGUCAGGACUCCAGGGCUGCUGUCAACCUGCACAACAACGAGGCAGGGCGGCUGGCCGUAAAGGCAACAAUGAAGCGCAUCUGUAGAUGCCAUGGCAUGUCUGAGAGCUGCAGUGUCCAAACCUGCUGGACACAGCUGUCAGAUUUCAGAGAAAUCGGCAACUACUUGAAGAUCAAGCACGGUCAAGCUCAAAAACUGGACAUCGACAAAAAGCGCAUGCGGGCUGGCAACAGCGCGGACAACCGAGGUGCCAUCGUGGACGCGUUUGGCAGCGUCGCCCAGACAGAGCUCAUCUACCUGGAGGACUCCCCGGACUACUGCAGGAAGAACAGCAGCUCGGGACUGCACGGCACCGAGGGCCGGGAGUGCGUGCAGCACGGAGAGGGUUUAACUCAGUGGGAGAGGCGUAGCUGCCGCAGGUUGUGUCAUGAAUGCGGGCUGAGGGUGGAAGAGAGGCGCACGGAGGUGGUGAGCAGCUGCAACUGCAAAUUCCACUGGUGCUGCACGGUGAACUGUGCAGACUGCUCUCAGGUUGUAGUCAAACACGUGUGCGCCGGGAGGGAAGGUGCCGACGGCCACGGUGUUAGACGGAAAUACCGUGAACCCAAGUGAGAAAAAAUAGUAUAUGGAUCUGUUACCAUAGGCUACAUCACUGUAAAGUCUGUUGAAUAAUGGUCCAUAUCAAGAUGUUAAAUGUCUGUUUGCACUUUUCAUGUCUCCUUUAAAU